UUCUUUCAGUCAGAGAAAUCACACAAACCCAACCACAAAACCUACACCACCGCCACAAGGAGGGGCAUACUGCCGCCGUCCGUCGCACUCAAAGUUCGCCAUCCGUCAUCUAGCUUCCCUCGUGCUCCAAGUCUCCAACCCCUGUUCGCUGUCACCGAUCGCGGUUGCUUCCUCGAGCUCGGCGUCCAUCGUCUUUGUCUGCUCAGCUGCGCUUCCGUCGCCGUUUGUUUGCUGUUCACGUUCGCGUCUUCGUUCGCGUUCUUCACCGUUCGCGUUCACUUGUUGUUCACCGUUCGAGUUCGCGUUCGUCUGGAAGCCACGUUGCUCUGCUUCAAACUCUGCGACCAAGCCGCGUGCUCCACUCAGCCGUCGAACUGCUCUCUGUUGUCCCCGCCGUGAGUUCCCUAAACCCGCCACCAGACAAUACACUCACACAACAGACAACACCAAUACUCUUCUUCAAACUCUGCAACUUCUGAUUUCUACUACAAUAAACAUUGUAAUUAACACUAACAUCUGAAGAACAUAAUCCGUAAAAUAGCAAAAGGAAGAAGAGAAGAGAUUUGGAGUGCAGUAGACUAGCGGUAAAAGAGGCUGAAGGGAGAAGCAUAAACCCCAAACCCUAAGAGCGAGCGUGAAUCGGAAGAAAGGAUGACGGUGCAUUCGAUAGUGAUACAGAAGCUGCUGAGCACGAAUGCACAAAUGGGGCGGAGAGUGGCGGCGCAUCACCUGAAGGAGUACACUUAUGGCAUGAGGAACAAGAUGGCAAUCAUAGAUUCGGACAAAACCCUGAUAUGCAUGAGGAGCGCCCUGAACUUCAUGGGGUCCCUUGCAAGCCGCAACGGUCGGUUCAUGUUCAUCAACACCAACCCUCUCUUCGACGACAUCUUCCACCUUAUGACCACCCGUGUCGGCUCCUACUCCCCCUCCACCAACUCCCUCUGGCGCACCGGCGGCUUCCUCACCAACAGCUACAGCCCCAAGAAGUUCCGCUCUCGCAACAAGAAGCUUGUGUUCGGCCCCACCCAGCCCCCCGACUGCAUCUUCAUCCUCGACACCGACUCCAAGUCCUCCGUCAUCAACGAGGCUCACAAUCUUCACAUCCCCGUCGUCGCCAUUGUCGACUCCUCCAUGCCCCUCCAUUCAUUCUCCCGUGUCGCUUAUCCCGUUCCCGCCAAUCCUUCUGUCCAGUUUGUCUACUUGUUCUGCAACCUCCUCACCAAGACCCUCCUUCUUGAGAAAGAGAAGGGCAAGCUCAAAGAAGCAGCACCUCUCCAAAUUCAAGCAGGUGAGGCUGCGAAGAUCGAUUUGCCAAACCUCGACGUAACUGUCUUCCCCUACGCCACUUUACCUCCCUUGUCUCAAGAUAUGGAAGAAACUAAGAAGCUUUUGGACAAACUUGUUGUUUUGAAGUUCGAUGCUGCCUCACCAAGAGAUAUGGGUUUGGAAGGCCCCAAAUCUGCAGUUGGUAUUUGCAAUGGACUUACAUUUCUGGAUUUAAUAAUUAACCAGAUUCAGACCCUAUACUCCAAGUAUGGAUGCAAGGUUCCAUUGCUUCUUUUGAGCAAAGAUGACACCCAUGACAAUACUCUAAAGGUGUUGGAAAAGUAUCAGGGAUCAACUGUUGAUGUACAGAGGAUUAAGCAGGGUGAAGGUGAAGGUGAAGGUCUAGAAUUGGAAUCAUUAGCCGGACAUUACAGCAAGGAGGAAGUAGGACAUCCUUUUUAUAACGGUGAUAUAUUUCGUUCUCUGAUGACUAGUGGAACCCUUGAUUUUUUACUGUCACAGGGUAAGGAGUAUAUCCUUUUGAUCAACAAGGAUAAUGUGGCGACUGUCAUUGAUCCAAAUAUACUAAAUCAUUUGGUGACAAAUGAUAUUGAGUGUUGCAUGGAGGUGACACCAAGCAAUUCAUUUCAUUUAAUUUCAACUCCAAUGAAUUUCAAGCUUUGGGAAAUUGCUCAGAACCAAACCAAACAUGAAAAUUUCAAACUAAUAGAUACAACAAACACGUGGGUGAGUUUAAGUGCCAUUAAGAGGCUUGUUGACUCGCAUAAACUGAAGCAAAAGAAGUCCUCAGUUUUGAAGGCUUCUUUGUUUGGAUGCCAGUUCUUCGAUAAAUUGAUUGGUGUCAGUGUACCUGAACCACGUUUUCUUCCCCUGGAUGCAACGUCAGAUUUACUUCUGCUACAGUCAGAUCUUUACACAUGUAAAGAAGGUGUCUUAACUCGUAAUCCAGCUAGGACUAACCCUUUAAAUCCUGUGAUAGAUCUGGGACCUGAAUUUCAAAAGGUUGGUGACUUUCAAAGUCGCUUCAAAUCCAUUCCAAGCAUCGUUGGUUUAGAUAGUUUGACCGUGAGAGGCAAUGUGUGGUUUGGAGCUAAUAUUACUUUCAAGGGGCAAGUGGCUAUUACUGCAAAACCUGGCUUGAGACUGGAAAUUCCUGAUGGGGUGGUGAUUGAGAAUAAGGAGGUCAAUGGCCCUGCAGCCAUUCAAGAAUGAAUGGUUUAUCAAAGCUACUAGGUUUUGUUUUGAGUGAAUACAAGACUAUAGAAGCUUUUAUUUGAACCUUGCUAGCUUUUCUGUUUCCUGGGAACUAAGAUUCAGAAGCAAAUGAGCUUGCAUUUCUCCUUUUGAGCAUCGCAGCAGUGAUGAAAUAACGCUAAUUGGUUUGUAUCCUGUAAUUUUUGGGACAAGUCUUGAUCUCAGUCGAAACAAGGAAUAAUAGGUAUAUCAUCAAUUUUUCUGGUCUUUUUGUCUUGAAGACGAUUAAAAUCAUACCGAUAUUCCAUUUUA